UGUCGGACAUUCCACAAGUCCAUACAUGACGCCACUUUGUGCGGUCCAGCCUUCGGCUAGCAACGGUUGCCAAGGAGAAGUCGGACCUUAAAAAAACUUCUCCCGUCGUGAAAAUCUUCCAACAGAUAACCGGGAGCCGUCUGCCGUUCUUUUAACCAGAACGUUUGUCGGCUCACCUUUACAGUACGUACACACCACCGACCUGAGCUUCUCUCCGGUCCAGAACCUGUCCGAGGCUCGCUCAUGAUGUACAGCUUCAUGGGAGGGGGGCUGUUCUGCGCCAUCGUGGGGAACAUCUUGCUGGUGGUCUCCGCGGCAACCGACUACUGGAUCCAGUACCGCCUGUCGGGGAGCUUCGCCCACCAGGGUCUGUGGAGGUACUGCAUGUCGGGCAAGUGCUACAUGCAGACCGACAGCAUCGCCUACUGGAACGCCACGCGGGCCUUCAUGAUCCUGUCGGCCAUGUCCUGCUUCGCCGGCAUCAUCGCGGGCAUCUUGUCCUUCGCACAUUUCUCCGCCUUUGAGAGGUUCAACCGCUCCUUCGCCGCCGGGAUCAUGUUCUUUGUUUCAACUCUCUUCGUCCUGCUGGCCAUGGCGGUCUACACCGGCGUGACCGUCAACUUCCUGGGCAAGCGCUUUGGCGAUUGGCGCUUCUCCUGGUCUUACAUCCUGGGCUGGGUGGCUCUGCUCAUGACCUUCUUUGCAGGUAUAUUCUACAUGUGCGCCUACAGGAUGCAUGAGUGCAGAAGGGUGGCUGGCCCACGUUGACCACUUGCAAACAAACAAUGCAGCCCAACCGGAAACAUUCUCAUUGUCAAAUAAAGCAAUAGAAUGUUGCUCACGCAAUAAAACAUG